AUGAAGGGUUUGUGGGAUGAGGGUGUACCUGAGGCCGAGCACAGGCAUUGUGCAAGGCAUCUAGAGAAGAAUUUCAACAAAGUUUUCAGGGAUAAAACCUUGAAAGACCCUUUAUGGAAAGCUGCAAGAGAGGUAACUAUUAGGAGAUUCAAAGCUGUGAUGUUGGAGAUCAAAUCAAUUGAUGAGGAAGCAUACAACUGGUUAUUGGCUGCAGGUCCACAUCACUGGAGUAGAUCACACUUUAGGACUCAACCUAAGUGUGAUAUACUUGUAAAUAACAUGUGUGAGGGAUUCAAUGGUACAAAGUCAAUAUUGGCAGCCAGAGAUAGACCAAUAUUGUCGUUGUUGGAGCGUAUUAGGAUGUACAUGAUACAAAGGCUCACUAAAAAUAGGCAUUCAGUUAUAAUGUGGGAGUCUUUCAAUGCACCAAGGGUCGCAAUUGUUCUUGAAAAGAACAAGGUAGAAACUGGAAGUCACAUUCCCACCAAAGGAAGUGAAUUUAUGUACCAGGUGAUGAACAUAAGAUGGGAACUCACUAGUAUUCCAUGUAGUCAUGCUGUUGCUGCUAUUUGGCAUAAAAGAGAGGAUCUAGUGACAUAUGUCUCCAAAUGGCAUACCAAGGAAUACUACAUGAAGGCAUACUCUCAACAAAUUUUUCCAAUUAGGAAUCAAGAUGAGUGGCCUAGAAGUGGCAAGGUUGGAAUGAUUAAGCCAAUUGGGAAGAAUCAACCUCGUAGGCCUAAGAAAAGCAGAAGAGUUGAACUUGAUGAGUUGGCUCCACCAACAGCCAAGAAAUUGAAACGAAGAUAUGUGAGAAUGAGAUGUUCUGGCUAUGGUGCAAUGGGCCACAACUUCAGAACUUGUGCUAGAAACAACCUCAAUUCGGGAAAAGACAACCCCCCAGCUGAUCCUGGUACUUAUGCUAGAAAUAGCAGUUAG